AAUAUAUUCGUUUUUGACAUCGCUAAUCUCCUUCUUUCUAUUCUGUGCUUUGAAACAUGGCUCGAGGUCCCAAAAAGCAUUUGAAGCGUUUACAUGCCCCAAAGGCAUGGAUGUUGGAUAAAUUGGGCGGAACAUUCGCCCCACGUCCAUCCCAAGGUCCACACAAACUCCGUGAGUCCUUGCCCUUGGUCAUCUUCUUGCGCAAUCGGCUAAAGUAUGCCUUGACCCGUCCCGAGGUCACCAAAAUUGUCAUGCAACGCUUGAUUAAGGUCGAUGGCAAAGUUAGAACUGAUGCCAACUUCCCCGCUGGAUUCAUGGAUGUCAUCACCAUCGAGAAGACCAACGAGUACUUCCGUCUCAUCUAUGACGUUAAGGGACGUUUCACCGUUCAUCGUAUUUCAGCCGAAGAAGCUAAAUACAAGUUGUGCAAAGUCAAGAAGACCUGCGUCGGACCCAAAAAGGUCCCAUAUUUGGUUACACACGACGGUCGUACCAUCCGUUUCCCCGAUCCAGCGAUCAAGAUCAACGACACCGUUCAAUUGGACAUUGCCACGGGCAAAAUUACCGAUACCAUUAAAUUCGAUUCCGGCAACUUGUGCAUGAUCACAGGCGGACGUAACUUGGGUCGUGUCGGCACUGUCAUGAGCCGCGAAAAACAUCCUGGAUCCUUCGAGAUUGUUCAUGUGCGCGAUGCCAAUGGUCAUACUUUUGCCACGCGUUUGACGAACGUCUUCAUCAUCGGCAAGGGCGCCAAGGCUUACAUCUCGUUGCCAAAGGGCAAGGGUGUCAAAUUGAGUAUCGCCGAGGAACGUGACAAACGAUUGGCAUCAAAGGUCGCUUAAGUGAAAGGAAAACUUUGCAAAAAAAAAAUUAUGGGAAUGAUUCCAAGAUAAUAAAAAAAAAAUUACAAAAAAGCAAAGA